CAAUUCACACUUCACAUGAUGAGAUGUGACGUCCAACGGAGGAUAAAGCGUUUCCAAGUACACGAGGCAGUCGAGGAUUUCCUUACACAAAAAUCAAAUCAAAUCGAUUUUUGACUCAGCUCCACUCUUCUACUCUCAGAUCUUCUCUUCUCGCUCUCACUCUCACUCUCACUCCCACUCCCACCUCUUUCUCUAACUGAUCAUCGUAUAAAACAGAGAGCUAUCAUCUCCACUAUCAAAUAACAAUUGGAAAAUCAAUGGCGUCUUCUUCUUGUUUCAGAAUUGAAAACAUCUUCUCUUCUGCUCUUAAGCAUUCUAAUGCAAACGCAAACAAAAAAGCCAACGUUUUCUCCCCUCAAUUCUCGUCAUUUUCUUUGCUUUCUUCUUCUCGUCUCUUAUCUCCAAAACUCCCUCUUUUGAAAUCCUCAUUUUCUCAUUCUCUAUCUAUCAGAGCCUCCUCUCCUUCCUCUUCCACCACAAUCGCAGAACCUGAAGGCAUCAAGAUUAAUUCAGUGCCAACGAAACCAAUCGAUGGGCAGAAGACUGGGACCAGUGGUCUUCGAAAGAAGGUUAAAGUUUUCAUGGAGGAAAAUUAUCUCGCCAAUUGGAUUCAGGCAUUGUUUAAUUCAUUACCGGCAGAAGAUUACAAGAAUGGUUUGUUGGUGUUAGGAGGGGAUGGCCGAUACUUCAACAAAGAAGCUGCACAGAUAAUUAUCAAAAUUGCAGCUGGUAAUGGUGUUGGUAAAAUUUUGGUUGGCAAGGAAGGCAUCAUGUCUACCCCUGCUGUUUCUGCUGUAAUCAGAAAGAGGGAGGCCAAUGGUGGAUUUAUAAUGAGUGCAAGUCAUAAUCCUGGCGGCCCUGAAUAUGACUGGGGUAUCAAGUUUAAUUACAGCAGUGGUCAGCCAGCACCUGAAUCUAUCACUGACAAAAUUUAUGGAAAUACUCUAUCUAUCUCUGAGAUUAAAAUAGCGGAAAUUCCUGAUGUUGACCUUUCUCGUCUUGGAGUUACAAAAUAUGGAAACUUCAUUGUUGAAGUAGUGGACCCAGUUUCUGACUACUUGGAGUUAAUGGAGAAUGUAUUUGAUUUUGAGCUCAUCAGAAGUCUCGUUUCACGGUCAGAUUUCAGGUUUAUAUUUGAUGCCAUGCAUGCUGUCACUGGUGCUUAUGCAAAGCCCAUCUUUGUAGACAAGUUGGGGGCCAGCCUGGAUUCAAUUUCAAAUGGAGUGCCUCUGGAGGAUUUUGGACAUGGUCAUCCAGAUCCUAAUCUUACAUAUGCCAAGGAUUUGGUCAAAAUUAUGUAUAGUGAGAAUGGGCCUGAUUUUGGAGCUGCAAGCGAUGGAGAUGGUGAUAGAAACAUGAUCCUGGGGAAAGAGUUCUUUGUUACUCCUUCAGACUCAGUUGCCAUCAUUGCUGCCAAUGCACAAGGAGCCAUUCCAUAUUUCAAGAGCGGCCCUAAGGGUUUAGCUCGGUCUAUGCCAACAAGUGGUGCGCUGGAUCGUGUGGCUGAAAAAUUAAGUCUUCCUUUUUUUGAGGUUCCCACUGGUUGGAAAUUCUUUGGGAAUCUUAUGGAUGCUGGAAAGUUGUCAAUAUGUGGGGAGGAAAGUUUUGGAACUGGUUCUGAUCACAUUCGUGAGAAGGAUGGCAUAUGGGCUGUGUUAGCAUGGCUUUCAAUUAUUGCACAUAGAAACAAGGACAAGAAACUAGGGGACAAGUUGGUAUCUGUUGCUGAUGUUGUGAAAGAACACUGGGCGACGUAUGGAAGAAAUUUCUUUUCUAGAUAUGAUUAUGAAGAGUGCGAGUCCGAAGGAGCAAAUAAAAUGAUAGAAUAUCUUAGAGAUUUGGCCUCUAAGAGCAAACCAGGAGAAAAAUAUGGGAGUUAUGUCCUUCAGUGUGCUGAUGACUUCAAAUACACCGAUCCCGUCGAUGGAAGUAUGGUAUCAAAGCAAGGGGUUCGAUUUAUUUUCACAGAUGGAUCAAGGAUCAUAUUUCGGUUAUCUGGAACUGGAUCUGCGGGUGCAACUGUUAGAAUGUACAUUGAACAGUUCGAACCAGAUGUCUCUAAACACGAGUUGGAUGCUCAAACAGCCUUGAAACCAUUGAUAGAUCUGGCAUUGUCUGUAUCAAAGCUUAAGGAGUUCACAGGCAGAGAGAAGCCUACAGUCAUCACAUAAAACAUCUUAUAGUUGUUACUCUUGUCAAUAAAUGCUGCCUGGUAUCUCAUCUUUUUCCGGCUUAGUCUGCCACGAAUUCUCAAUUCAAUUUUGGUUUUAUUCAGUAAGUUCCUCCAUGUAAAAUAUGUAAAAGCACGCGAGUGGAAAUAAAAAUCUCUUUUUCAUCUGAUAUUAA